AUGGCCGCUGAUCUUGCUGCAGCUUGUGACUGCGACAGUGCAAGGUGGAAAUCCGUGCGUGGCUUGACCAAUCAGGGCUAUAGUGACCUGGCAGGGAUGUUCCGUGGACUUUUGAAGAUGUCGCGACUUGGUAUUCCUGUUCACGAUUACUUGGCGCGUGCUAUCAUGGCCAACCUCCCACCGGCUGUACUUGCUCUUUUUGACCAACCCGAAUACCCUGGGAGUAGCUUGCAAGCUUUACCGGAGAGUGGAAACUUGAAGACUCCGACGGCGCGUGAGAUCUCCUUGAACUACACGUUUCUUUUGCCAGUGGUGCAAGCGAGUCCUUCCAAGGUUCCAAGUGCCUAUUUCAUGACAGACGUCUACUUGCGUUUUGACGCGCGCGGUGUACAGGUUGAAUUUGAAGACAGUGAUCAUGGUGAUGCUCAUGCCGGUGAGGAUGAGAACGUGGAGAGUGGUGCUGAGGAUGAGAUCGAGGAGGGUGAGAAUGUGGAGAGUGGUGCUGAGAGCGUGGAGGGUGAGAACGUGGAGAGUGGUGCUGAGGGUGAGAACGUGGAGAGUGGUGAUGAGGGUGAGAAUGUGGAGAGUGGUGCUGAGGGUGAGAACGUGGAGGAGGAGGAGGAGGAGGAGGGUGUUGGGGGUGAUGGUGAUGUGGAUGGCACUGCAUCCUCACAGGAUUCCCACAACAGCACCCUGAAUGCAUCAACCCUCCAUGGCCCUCCGUCGCAAGUGUCAGAUGAAGAGGAUUCCUCGCCAUCGGAAGAGACCCCCAUGACGCAGUCUGAUGUGCCGGCAGUGAACUCUGGGUCUGAGUGUGUUGAAGGUGCAUACCAAGCUGGUGAUUCGCAAGUGCCAGGUGCAGGGUGGAUGGGUCGUGCAAUGAUGCAUUUCCGGAACAAGGAGGACAAGGAAGAGGAGAAGAAGGAGAUGAAGAUGUGGAGCCUUCUCUCUUCCAUCAAGUCUGACCUUUCCAAGCAGUUUACGGAGCCCAUCGAGGGUGAGCUGUGGGGAAUGUACAGCACGUUUUGCCGCAAUGCCAUUGAGAAGGAUGGGGAAGAGGACUACCUCAAGUUUGCCUCUGCCAGGUUCUUUCAGAGCUGGGUUUGCAAGAUGAAAGCAGUGCCAGACCAUCACAAAGCAGGGAGCAAGCGCACGGUGGAUGAGGUGCCCGCUGAUCCGAAAAAGGCUUUGCGCUUUGACGAGGAGGACAUUGAGACCCCAGCUGCCAAACGCCCAAAGCUCGAGCCUGUGGUUGCUCGUGGUCUCCACAUGGCACCUGUGCCAGUUGUCGGACAACAGACAGCCAAAGCUAUGGCAGCGACCAAGAAGGCCGACAGGUUGUCUGAGCUUGGUGGAACCCAUGGACAGCCCCUUUCGAAUUUCCAUGCGUAUGACCUCAACGAAAUUGGGAUCCCUGUUGUUGCGCGACCUAUCUCGGGCCAGCACUAUGCGGGGAAACAUGGAUACACGAUUCACUGCAGCUCUGGAGCCGCAGUGGAAGUGCUGCUGAAAACGCGAGCAUUCAUUGUGAAGAAGCUAUCCCACUCAGUACUAGCUGUCAUUGCCUUGGCGUGCCGUUGGAGCGCAGGAGACUUGGGGAUUCCCGUCUGGGCACGUGGCAUGAAAGCUAAGCAACGACAGUGGAUGAUGGAUGGGCUUCGGGCCAUGAAGGUGUUUGCUACCAUGGUGGCUCUCCUAUUUCAAGUGGACGGCCUUGACUGGUCGAAACCAUCAGACCACUUUGAAUGCUUUGCUGGUGAUAUGGCGGUGACGCGAGAGGGUCGAGAUGCAUAUCCGUAUGACAUCAAGCUCGAUCCAGCUCGAAUGGAUUUGGCCUCGACGGAAGGGUUUGCAAAUGCUCUGUGGAGUGUGGCAAACCUAAAGCCAGGAUCUGGCCACCUCACUGCACCGGUCUGUUCGACAUUUGUGUUUAUGUCGAGAGGAACAACCCAGCGCAGCCGUACAAAGCCAUUGGGACGAACUGACUACCCCUCAGUCAGGCUCGGCAAUUUGUUAUGUUGCCGAGCCUUAAUCUUGGUGAUUUUGGCUGCGUGCAAGGGGUGCAUGUGGGUGUUAGAACAGCUUGCAUCCAGCACCAUGGAGUGGCACCCUUUGUUUCAAAAGAUGCUGAAAAUGAUCGAUGUCCGCAAGAUGUUCAUAUCCAUGUGUAACUACGGAGGCCCUACACGCAAGCCUACCAUCUUAUACACUGGACACAGCGAGAUUGAUUACAUCCGAGAAUACGAAGUGGAGCCCAGUUUGGAACCUCGAAGCAUGGUGGUACGUUACCAAAAUGCGAAAGGAGAGUGCCGAAUCCAUGGUGGAUCAGAUUUGAAGAGUUCACAAUCAUAUCCGAGAAGAUUUGGAGUGGCACUUGCUAAAGUCCGAACUCGAUUUCACAAGUCUAUCCGGCGCAGAGCUUUCAAGGCUUUGAGGGAUGCCAGGAAGAAUCGUCAUGUGUCAAAGUACAACGCUUCCAGCCGUGUCAACAGGGCAUGGAUGGCUGGGGGCGAUUUGCAACCCAUUCUAGAUUUCUUAUCAAGUCGCCAGUGA